CCUUCUAGUAUCGAAUGAAGAUGGAUGCAUAAGCGUCAUCAUUCGUUUAAAUGAUGUCUUCCGUGGUCACCUCCAAUGGUCAUGCUGUUACCGCAGCGUCACUCAAUAAAGACAAGCGUGUGCAAAUCGUGACGAAUGACGUAUCUCCAGGCGCUGACCUGCUGGAGACACCCAAUCCGCAAAGGCUUCUUGGCCUUGGUGGAACAACACCGCUAGGAGAUUUUCCCCUCACUGCUGAGCUGAUGCAAAAAUGUAUGACAGUGAAUCCUUUCGAAGCAAAAUUCCGAGAGGCGAACAGAAAGCUGACGACCGGAGCGUUGGAAGCCAAUGGCUUAGUGCCAGCUACGAUGUCGCUUUCUAAUACAAAUGAUAACAACAGCGAAACUUCAGCCUUCUCAUUGCUGAAGUUACCCUCUUCACUGUCGGAUUCUCCCGGAAUAUUUUCAAAUAUCAGUAUUCUUCAAACGGAUGCUGACGGUGUUGUGAAUGAGAAUUUGAAAACGGCUGAUAUUUCAAAAUUACUUGCGCAGAUGAAAGAUAGUAGCUCAUCUUUUGCGGAUGGUUCAAGCACACAAGCGCCCCGAACUGCAGACGUAUUGAACGCCGUGCUUGAUAUGCAUUCGGAUCGAUUGCAUACAAUCAAUUACAUAAACAAACCAGACUUUUCGAUGUUUUCUUCGUUGACUCCCACUGGUUCUGCGCCGAAUUCAGCCGGCAUCUUAGCCGCAGCCGUUGCCCAAUGUGCUCCUUCGACAAGUGGAGGAUUGCUGGUGCCAACGCCUCAAGGUGCUACUUUGAGCCCUAUACAUUCUCCAAGGAGUAAAGAGCAACAACAGCACACUACUAUCGAGAAAAGAUCACCUGGUGAAGCGGAAAGCGUUGCAUCUUCACAAGCCCACUUACUGUCUGCUCUUCAUUCAGCAUCUUCUGCCACAGCCCCUGGUGGUGUCGAUCCUGCUGGCUGGGAUCCACGUGAUGUGAAGCCUGCAGUCAGCAAACAUAAUACUACUGCCUAUUAUGAACAAGAAGACAAUCUGAUGCCAUCAUCUUGCGGCGGGCUUCCACCAGCAGUAGCCGCUCCUGGUACCUCUCACCUUCUAUCCCUGGAUGAUCGUUCUUCUUCGAAAAGUUCGGAAAGUACACCUGCUCAUACGCCUGGCAGAGGACGUGGACGGGGACGUACAUCCUUGGCCCCUGAUAUGCCUCCAGAUGAAAGGAAAAUGACCAUUCUUGAGCGAAAUAAGGCGGCUGCUGUUCGUUACCGAAAACGAAAGAAGGAAGAGCACGAUGAUAUGAUCACUCGUGUGCACACCUUAGAGCAAGAAAAAGUACAACUUAAUACGCAGAAUCAAGUGCUUCGACGUGAACUUGAUCGGUUAACAGCUUUACUUCGAGAGCGGGAGGCUCGCUGUGUAUGCUUGAAAGGAAUGCCAUUGAGUACGGAUCCGAGGGCCGAAUCUCCGGUGGAUGUUGAUCUUUUAUCAAAUCCUCAACAUAGCAGUAUGUACAUACCACAAGCACAGCAACUGAUUAAUGGUCUAAGCUUGCCGAAUGGAAUGGGCUUGAAACGACCGAAGAUGUAGAAUUAUACCGAACUUCUCUCAUAUGCUUAAUUCAUCAUCCUGGUAGAUUGAGUAGUAUUGUAUAGAAAUUAUGUUAUAGAGAAACUUCCUGGUGUAUUGAUCUUGUGACCACCUCAGUCUUAUUCAUGUUCUUCUUUUUCUUACCGUGCUGCACCCUUUUCCUAACAAUCAUUCAUUCGAGCAGGUCUCGAUGUACUUGCACAUUUCACCUAUCGCUUCAGUAUCAAAUUCCAACGAGUUGAGAGUUACAGUCUGUGUCUGUCGCAUACUCCUUUUUCCGCAAAGACACAUCCGCCGCGCGAAAGUUUGGCGUAGCGGCCUCUGAUCGGUCAUCUCGAUCAAGCCGAAGAACGCAGCGCGAAAGCUUUUACGAGGCGGUUACUUUGAUGGAAAAGGGAAUCAAGGCUGACACAGCCUGUACGUCUGCAGCAGACGUUCCCCAUAUCUGUCGACGUGGCAGUUCUAUUUCGUAUAACCACCCUCCGUGACUGUUCUAUUUUUACCCUCGUUGCCAUGUCUCGUUGUCUCAGCUAAAUUAUCAUGAAUAGUCAGCUUUUCGCCUCAUUUGAAAAGAAGUACAGUCAAAAGAAGUUCUUGUUACAGAGCGCUAAAUCCUAAGCGGUUUUACUUAUAUUUCAGGUUGUCAAGAGUUGUGCGCUUGUUUAUCAUUAUAUUUGUUUAAGGCGUGAGCACUGGCACUGAGUGACAUAGAUUGUAAAUUUUGGAUAUCCUGCUAGUGAUGACGCCUCGCCUCAGUUGUACAUUGUUUUUCCAGAAACUCGCAUGACGUUUCCGCUAGAUAGCGUUCUCUGUCUCAUAUUGUUAUUUGGUGCAUUUUUCAGAGUCUAAUAUUUGUCUACAUCUUUACGAUAUGAAAAAAAAAGUAUGACACGUUGAGCAACUUUACCCGUGUUACUUCUCGGUUGUAAAUCGAUUGCACAAAUAAAUUUGUUUGUUCGAGACGGAAAUAGUAG